CUCGGGUUCGGGCAGAAUUAGUUCUAUGCGAGACGGUUGAUCGGUGAUACCGUGCGCGUUCUUCUGACCAGCGUUAGUUCAUAGGAGUAGUGAACUUUUUACGAAAAGGCCCUUCUCAGUGUGAAAAACUUGGUCUGUGCAAGUGAAAAAAAGGCCGCAGGAAAAUCAAUGAGCAGCAGCAGUUCAUGCCAGUUCUUUUCUAGUUCCUGCUUCGGUUCGUGACUUGUGCGAAAUUUUUAAAAAUGUGCCCGAGAAACUGCAAAUUCAUUAAAGGACUGGAACAGAAAUUCACGUUGGUGUUUCUGUUUGCGCAAGUUAUUAACAUCGGAUACAGUUCUCCGACACCUGAAGACUGGGUUUCGGGCUCCCCCUUCAGCCAGUUCACUGCAGAUGACACCCGGGUGGAUACGUUUAUCUCGGCUUAUUUGAACGUCACCUUUCUGACUGAAGAUGGCUGGAAGUGGGACAAAACUGAUGUCGGAAGAUAUGGUGGAGGCUAUAUCGGUCCGGCGUUCGGAGAACUAGUCCACGUCACAUCUUUGAUAAAACCAGACGAUCAUUGGGGAUGUCACUUACCUUUUGGAAGUUCGAGGUCAGAUCAGAAACUCCCGCCCCCUGGCACCCCGUGGAUCGCCUUGAUAAAAAGAGGACGGUGUAACUUUGAAGAUAAAGUUGAAAAUGCAUUCACGAGCAACGCCGCUGGUGUGCUGGUUUAUAACGACAGGGAUUCUGCGUUCUUGGAUAAGAUGAAGCUAUCCAGUGAUUCUAGACGAAAUAUCAGUGCGGUAUUUAUUUAUAAAUGGAAAGGCGACGAAUUAGCAAACAAAUUAGAAAAUGACUCAAAAGUAUUUAUUCACAUCACAAUAGCUGGACAUACGUCAUCUAGAACUGCAAAUAUCAAUAGGACUUCGGUAUUGUUUGUUUCAAUCACCUUCAUAGUACUGAUGAUAAUCUCCUUGACAUGGCUAGUUUUCUACUACGUCCAAAGGUUUAGGUACAUACGCACAAAAGACAAACUUUCGAAGAGGCUGGGAAAUGCAGCGAAAAAGGCGUUGUCAAAAAUACCAACAAAAAACUUGAAGUCUGAAGAUAAGGAAAUCCAAGGUGACUGUGAAUGCUGUGCGAUUUGCAUUGAGCCUUAUAAAUUAUCAGAAACACUUAGGAUAUUACCCUGUCGGCACGAGUUCCACAAAAACUGUAUAGAUCCCUGGUUGCUUGAACAUCGAACAUGUCCGAUGUGCAAGAUGGACAUACUCAAACACUACGGAUUUGUGUUCACCGGUAGCCAGGAAAGUAUCCUCCAACUAGACGGAGAUAUGGGCCAGGAGUCGUUGGGAAGCCAAAACAGUAGUCCUAGGCAUUUAGGAGGGUUAAGCCCUUUACCGGAAAUAAGAGUCAUGGUGUCCGAUAGACAAAUGCCAAGGUUUUUCGAUAAUUCUGUUGACGACGACAGUAGCAGAGCUUCAACUCCAGAUGAGAUGACUCCCAGCCUGCCUCAGAGAGGAUCUUUUCCAGUGCGACAAGAACUCUGCGUCAGUUGCAUAGCAGCCAAGGCAGCGGCCGUUAUCAAUCAAAUAAAUCAUGACAAACAAAUCGUUAUCAACGAAGAAGCUUCAACGUCUACAGCUAGUGAUAUUCAGCAAGUGCUUUCGAUAAAUAUGGACAGUGAUAAAACGUGUCACAACAGUACAAUGAAACGAUGUACAUGAAGGAGAUUUUUAGAUACUCGAAACAAUAUUCCUGCGAUUUUUUUUAUCGUGAUUGUUGAUAUGGUGGUCGAUUUGACUUAGUGGAUUAUGUCAAGUUAAUAUUUACCAAAAUCUGAAAAAAAAAUUCAGUGUUUUUGAGAGGAAACAGUAGGUUUUGUAAAUUGUAACAAGAACAUCCGCCUGGUGCAGACAGCAAAAUUUGUCAAUUUGAAAAAUCUGAAAAGCAUUGCUCCAUUUCAGUAUUUUUCAGACUUGAAGAACCAUGCAUGACAUAACAUCCCAUGUUUGAAUUUGCGAUCUAGUCAUUUUUCUCAGAAUUUUUAAAGAUUCGCAGGAAUUUUGUGAAAACAGUACUUAACAAACUAUAAUAUUUUUUAUACUGACUUUUAAGUCCAUUUUUUGUGAUAUAUUAGUAAUAAGUUUUUCCGUCAUGACGAACACUCAUUUGGUGCUUGAAUCAUUUAGUUUCAGUUUGAUUAGUUCUGUAAACUCCAAAGGAAAAUUAAUGCACGUAGAUCCGUUUUUAGUUUACUACUUCGAUUAUUUAUUUUUUUUACCAAGUACAGUAAUUUUUUCCCUAAAUAUUCAGGAGCAUAAUAGUAUGAAGACUAUCUUGAAUGAUGUAAAGUAAUAUUCUAAAUUAGGAUAGAGCAUUAUCCGAAUAUCAAUGUCAGUAAAUAUGAAAACAUUGAAAAUAUAUAUCAAAAAUUAAAUUUUAAUUUUAUUUUGUUAAUAGUUUUGAUGAAUUGUCACUUCUAGAUGAUUAUGUAUAUAGAUAUUGUAAUUAACAUUUGAAAGCACAUUGGUAUUGACAGUUAUUUAUAGGUAUUGAAUUUAUAUUUGAGUGAAUCGAAUCAAUUCCAUUCUUUGAUUUCCAAUAUAUUCGAAACCGAAAGAUUGAAAAAUAAAAAUGUUGAUUAUCAAGAUAGAAGUGAAUUUUACACAUUGACUAAAUUAGUCCUGAACUUAAGACCAUUCUAUAUCAUCCUCAAGGUUUUUAUUACACUAAAUCCCAAUGUAACCUCAGAUUUUCUCUCCCAUAUCAACAUUUUGGGAUACUUCAACCUAAAGGUAAAAAAAGUUUGUAGCUAGAUUCGAUAUUGGAUAUAUUACUUUGAAAAUUAAUCCCACAAAACAUGUUUAGUUGUUUGAAAAUAAAAAUGUUUGUUUGAAGGUACAUUAGAUUUUGGUAAUUUUACAUGAAAUCCAAAAUCCACUAAUUUCUUAAAACCCUUGACUCAUCAUUCCGAACCUCAACUCAAACUCCAUGACCUGAAAACUAAACUCCAAAUGCCAUUAAACAUCACCAUCAAAUGCUGUGAGUCUCCACACUGCUCUAAGAAUUCCUUUCCAUUGGAAAGAAAUAUAGAGAUGUUGUGACCACCCUUAGACCGGCGUUUUCGUGGGCAGCUCAUGAACUAGAUGUUUUUCAUUACUUGACCAUUGGCAUAUUAGCGCGUUGAUAAACUCAAUUAUCUAAUUGAUGAUAGGAUAACCCUGAAUGUAAAAAAAUAUUUUUUACCCUUGAGUUUGGGUAUUUUGAAAUGCAGGUGUUUGAAAAAUCUCCUGGAAAGUAUAGUUUGGUCUGUGUUCUGAAAAUUGUUAGCCUGUGUUAUUUUCAAUGAAGCACUCUGAAAAAGACACAUUCAUUCAAAUUAGUUUGAAUGAGAAAAACAUGUGGAAGAAAUUGAAUUAGUGCCUUGUUGUGUGUGAUUUUAUUGUCUUUUUCAGAGAUCUGUUUUAAUUUUAAAUGUACAAAACCUCUCACCGAGCUGAUUUUCUUAUACCAUAUAUUGAUAACUAUUUACAAAAAACAAUUUGCUGCUUGUAAAUAUUUCAUGCUAUAUUAUGACUGAUUAUAAUAAAUGAAAAGAAAUGUUUCAA